CUCAUCAAAAACACACCCAGAGUGCUGACUCAUUUAUGCAUGAUGGAGAAAUCCUUGAAGCUCCUGUGGCAGCCGCGUAGAGCUGCCUAAAUGCCUGGUACAAAGCCCCGCCUAUUUCUACAUAGCUCCUCCCAGCAGCUGAGCUCCCACCCUAAAGAGCUGAAGUGGGAAUGCCAGAAAUGGUAGGAGGUUCUCAAAGAGACAGAGGGCAAUUUCGAGGCGUCGCAUUUAUUUUUGACAGCAUUUUCAUAACAACUGAAAGUAACAUCGUUACUUGAUUGUGGUAUGGAACUGAACUACGCGUAUGGGAAGUAUAUAAUACCUCUCUUUAAAAAAAACUUUGCCAUUUUCUAUUAGAGUCAACUCUAUUUUGUAACAUGUCAUAAACCACUGGUUGAAUUUGAAUUGAAUUUCUGUGAAACAUACAUCUACAACUGAUUAACUUUGAGAAUGGAUGGCUGCCAUGCCAUACCCUGAGCAAACACAUACAUGAGUUAACUUUAAGAAAUGCAAGGCUUUGAUUUGUUACUCUACCAGGUCAGCUUUGUGAAUUUUUGUCAAGAACUUGGUCACACACUAAUAUAUAUGAUGCCAACAUGUGUGGCUUUAAACCUGCACUCAUUGUAAUCUCAUUAUAUCCCAUGAUGCUGCUUCAACACUGACUCACACCUACAGAAAUGCUAGGUUAGAGAAAACAUUGUAGGGACUAUAAUUGUGGGGCCAAACCCACAGCAGAUGAUGUAGCACAUCUUAAUGAGUGUUUGUGGCCUUGAGGCCGGUGUUUAACUUCAUAAAUCUGUGUUUACACCCGAGAAUACAACCUGUAAAGCCAGGUGGGAGCAUCUAAGCAACAUCUUUGUCACCGAGAGGAAAGAAAAAAAACCUUAAGAACAUGUGAUUGACUGAGUCUUUCGAGUGCAACCAUCCGUGUUUUGUCCAUCUAGUUGUCUGUCAAGUCAGGUACGAGGCAGGGAAACUGGCAGACGCAGUGAUUGGAGCACCAGUUGAUGAGGAAGUUCAGUGGGAGCAGAAACUCUUGAAGAAAGAAGGAGAGAAGGACAAAGUCAGGUUUGAUGAACCAAGAUGGUGCGGAUGUUACAGACAAGUUUGACCUGUUUCUACCUCCUUUGCUGCCUCGGCCUGACCCAGUCCCGACAGCUGAAGUUUGUUGUUGCUGUGUUCCGACACGGCGAUCGAUCGCCUAUUGAGUCGUACCCCAGGGAUCCACAUGGGGAGGAAGUGUGGGCUCAGGGCUUUGGACAGCUUACUGAGCUGGGUAUGAAACAGCAGUUCGAGCUGGGAAGAUUUCUGCGAAGACGUUAUGGAAGCUUUCUGGGUGAAGAUUAUGACAACAAAGAGGUCUACGUCCGGAGCACAGACUAUGAUCGCACUCUGAUGAGCGCCCAAGCCUGCCUCGCCGGGAUGUUUCCUCCUGCCAGGCGCCCGCCUCCCAUCAUGCCCCAGUUACUGUGGCGUCCCAUUCCAGUGCACACCGUCCCCAGGGCCCAGGACAAGCUGCUAAAAUCUCCAGGUAAAGAUUGUCCAAGGUUCAGGUCCCUGAUGACAGAGACCUUUGAGAGUGCCCMCUACCAAAGGUUCCUCAGAGCCCACCAGAACUUUGUGGAGGCACUUUCUAAUUACACUGGUUACCCCGUGUCCAGACUGGUUGGUAAAAAAAUUUGGAGGGUCUACGACACGCUCACCUGUCAGAGGAUCCAUAACUUGACUCUGCCACGCUGGGCCACCCAUGACGUCCUGGACACCCUGAGGAGAAUUGCAUCCUUUGAGGUCACGUACAGCAUCCUCAGUCACAAGCGGAAAGAGAAGGCCAGGCUCUCUGGAGGGAUUCUGCUAAACGCCAUCCUGAGGAACUUCUCUGACGCUGUGGAGCAAGGCCGCCCGCUCAAAUUCAUCAUGUACUCGGCUCAUGACUCCACACUCAUCACCCUCCAGGCAGCGCUGGACGUUUACAACGGGUUCCUUCCUCCCUACGCCGCCUGUCAGCUCUUUGAGUUCUACCAGGAGUAUGAUGGAUCCUACUCUGUGGAGCUGUUUUAUCGCAACGAGUCCUGGCGCGACCCCUACCCCAACCCGGUGCCAGGAUGCGGCGGGUUGAACCCCUGCCCUUUGUCCAUGCUCACUGAGCUGCUGCGGGACGUGGUGCCACAGGGACUGGAUUCUGACUGCAGCUUCAGGACAAAGUUGUCAAGCACAGGUAUCAUAACAGCUCUUGCAGUGGCGGUGGGACUCCUGGCGGUGGCGCUGUUGUUCAGUAUAGGGGUGGCAGUCCACAGGCGGAGAGCACACUACUCCAGAGAAAUGUAGUACAGAUGACCACAGCUGUGCUUAAAAAAAUACAAAAACAUGGAAGAUGUCUCCAUAAAUCAUGUAUUAUGUAUUUAAAUCAAUAUGAGUUUYAUGUGUGAACACUGGGAGCUAUUUUUAUUUUCUAUGAAUGUUGUGUAUGAAUUUUGUUUWUUUCACCCAAAUAAUACAAAUAAUUUUGAACAGAGGAAAAAAGAUGCAAGACAAAAGCAAUGAAWUUGUAGCAGGCAUCAAUAAAUUUUAUUUGAUUCACUUCAUGUACCCUUCAUGGUAACAUUCACUCAUUAUUUACUGUUUGGCUCAUUUUCACAUUCUUUGCCGUUUGGCUKCUCAUUUCU